AUGCCUCCCAUCCAAAUUACAUCGGCAGAGCAGUUCAACUCUCUGCUCACGUCUUCCCGUUUCGUUGUCGCCGACUUCUAUGCCGAUUGGUGCGGGCCAUGUAAAGCAAUCGCUCCGGUGUACGACUCGCUGUCCACGCAGCUCUCGCGCCCGAACCUCAUCACAUUCACCAAGAUCAACGGGGAUCAGCAGCAAGCGCUCGCCCAGGCAUAUUCUGUGUCAGCAUACCCUACCUUCAUCGUGUUCGAAAAUGGUCGCAAAACCCAGACAGUUCAGGGCGCCGACCCCCGAAAAUUGAACGAGGUCAUCCAGAAGCUUGCGUCGGAAGCAACCAAGUCGGACAGCGCGUCGGGACAAGCUGGCGAGGGAAGCGGAUCCGGCGGCACCUGGCUGGGUGCUGCUGUGCCUAGGGGAUACAGCGACAUCACCGACCAGGUCGACCAGAAGGGACUGGAGCUUCUGAACCGGGACAGCCAACAUGCGCUCCCAAAAACGCUCUUUGAAGCCUCGAAGCCGUCUGCCCUGACAGGAAAAGGCAAGGCCGGUGAAAAGGACUGGGUCGAGAGCGACACCGACGAGCAGCUGAUGCUCUACAUCCCCUUCCAGUCGACGCUGAAAGUGCACACCCUCCAUGUGACCUCAUUCCCUCCCUCCGCCGACGACGCCGAAGACCCCGACGAGGUGCCGAUGCGACCCAAGACCGUCUCACUCUAUACGAACCGCUCGCAUGUGCUUGGAUUCGACGAGGCGGAGGAUACCGUUGCGGUGCAGACGAUUGAAAUCAAGCCCGAGGACUGGGACUCCAAGACGGGGACGGCGAAGCUAGAUCUGCGAUUUGUCAAGUUCCAGAGCGUGACCACGCUGGUCAUGUUCUUUAUCGAUGGCGACGGAGACAGCGACAAGCUGCGCGUGGACCGCAUUCGCAUCAUUGGCGAGGCGGGCGAGAAGCGCGCGAUGGGCAAGCUGGAGAAGAUUGGCGACGAGCCCGGCGAGUAA